AUGGCUGUCAUCUUUGCAUCAUCAGCUUUCGGCGAUUUCGUGCGAUCCCAUUUUGCUGCUCAAUCGCUGGAAAUAAGUGGAUCUGUCAAAAUUGAAAGAAGCGUCAACUUCAGCUUAUCUGCACGACCGGAUGGUAAGGUUGCCCGAAAUCUGAAUCUCAUUGCUCGAAGUGGCCAGGCUAUAGCCCUUGUGGGAGCAUCAGGCUGUGGAAAGAGUACCGUGAUUCAGCUUCUUGAGAGAUUUUACGAGCCGGACAGUGGAAAUAUUGGAUACGAGACGGAUGUCGGCGAGAAGGGAGGUAGCCUCUCAGGUGGACAGAAGCAGCGUAUUGCUAUAGCCAGAGCGUUGAUUCGUAAGCCGAAGAUCAUUCUGUUGGAUGAAGCCACAAGUGCGCUCGAUACUGAAAGUGAAAAGGUACUAGCCGUAUUGCCGUGA